AUGGUAACAAUUUUGGUUAUAGCCAUUGCUUUGUAUAUUAUGUAUAUUAAGGGCUACUGCUGUUGGAGAAACAACGCCUUGGCACACGUCGAAACUGUUCCCGACUUGAAAACUUACCAUCAACAGCAGCAACCUUCUACUCCGUCUGUUAUACUAAAACGAGUUAAAACUAAUUGCAUUGAUGUAAGCUAUGCCGAUCGAAAUAGUGGCCAAAGAGAUAGGAAUACCAAAAUGGCAGUAAACGAUCCUACAACACAACCAUCCUCAAAAUUACAAGAUAUUCUCUCUUACGAACGAAGUGUCACUAAUAGACCGUCCGAAUCAAGUGUCCAAUUUGUUAAUAAUUCUUAUCCAUUACCGGCUGUGGGCUAUACCGUAGUCAGAGCUCAGCCAAUUUCAAGAUCAAAUCAAACCAUAUCACCACUAGAUCAAUCUAGAUAUCGCAGUAAAAGUGCAGAUUAUAUUCAAACUCACAAAGUACGACGAGGAAAUAAGCACAAAGAAUGUAAAAGCUUACAGUCGUCAAAAUUCAAGACUUCUGUUAGUGAUUAUGAAGUCAUUAAAUUAAGCCAAUCUCAGAAUAUUCCGCAGCAAGUAUUUAAUCAUUCAAUCAGCUGCAACGAAAGCCCAUCGACCAACAAAUUUACAAGGUCUUCCACUCAAGUUCAAUAUAAUAAAGACAAAAAAUCCCAUCCAAGCGUAUUUGAUUCCUCCUUUAAAGCCAAUUCAAGCAAUUUAUCAUCGGUUGACGAGAUAGAACAAGAAAUGAGUGACUUCGAUCACGAUUCUGGUCGAAUAGAUGUAGGAACGAUAGAAUUAUCUGUUAUUUAUAACUCAUUGCAUAAUCAACUACGCGUAACUGUAAUUAAAGCAACAAGAUUGCAAGCUAAACAAAACGAUGGAAAAGAUACCAUUAAUCCUUACGUUAAGAUUAGCUUACUACCUGGUAGAAAGCAUAAGCAGCGUAGCCAAGUUAAACGUAAAACAUUUAAUCCUCAGUUUAAUCAAACUCUCAUUUUGCGGCGCGUUUCGCUUGAUGUCCUAAAUCGUUCAAUACUUUACGUUGCGGUAUACGAUUUUGAUCACUUUCUGAAGCAUGAUCUAAUUGGAGAGGUUUUUAUUCCGUUAAAUGAUAAUAAUAAGUUGCGUGGUACCAUAUCGUCCUACAAUUUAAGAACCAAAAAGUACCAUUUGCUACAACGUGAUUGUGGAGAAAUUUGCAUUGCUUUAUUAAAUCAGACUGUGUCUGGGCAUAUUUUAAUUACAAUUUUAAAGGCUCACAAUCUGCCACCUUCAACUGCCACCAAUGCAGCAGAUACUUACGUCAAGAUUUACGUAUUAUGUGAUGGUAGAAGAUUGUGUAAGAAGAAAACUCGUAUUAUCAGAAAUUCGUUGAAUCCAGUUUUUAAUCAACAGUUUGCAGUAAAAAUUGAAACACAACAGCUGGAACGAACUACUACAAUUAUAGUAUUAGCUUGCUAUGAUCGAUUCAUGCGAAGCAAUAACAUUGGUCAAGUAGUAUUGAGCUUGUCAAGAAAAGGUCUAGAAAGGGAACAUUGGUAUGAUGUCAUAAAUUCACCCCAUAGACAAUCAGCUAUUUGGCAUAAGCUACAUCGUUAG